AUGUCAGAAAACGCUGCCCGAACUGAAGUGAAACAGCCCAAGCCCAAGCUGAGCAAGAAGGAACUCAAAGAGCUCAAAAGACAGCAGUGCUUAAUCAACGCUGCGAAUCGGAAGGGACAGAGUAAGCGGAAGGCAGAGGGGACGCUUGAGGGUCCCGAUGAUAAAAAAGUAAAGAUCUUACCCAACAAGGAGGACGUCCAGGUCCCGCUAAAAAGAAAGCAUGAACGUUCACGGAGCUCGACCCCACUUACUCCGCCUCCCCCUAUCGAUACCACGAAGGAAGAGCGACGGGAAGGUGAAGCAGGAGCGGCGGGAACGGGAGAGCAGUUGGAAAAGAACUUGAGACCGGAAGACAAGGAGGAGAAGUCCAGCCAGAAGGGGUCGGACAGACAGAGGGAAGACGAUAGGAAGGAGAAACCGGUCGUUCGCAAGAAUUUGGCGGCGACGGUGGAGGAUAUGGACGAAGAUGAGGCGGAAAAGGAGAGAGCGGAAAGGGAAGGGAUGCAAACGUUGGGGGCCUCCCUAGACGAUGACCUUUUGGGAGAGUUUGAGUUUGAUCUCGACUAUGAAAUCCCUAAGGCAAAUCUUGGACGGGAAGGUCAGCAAAGCAAAGAUGGCAAGAGCAACGCCGAGAACAACGCCGCAGCAAGCACGGGGAAAGAUGCAGAGUUGGACGCCGGAAAGGACGGGAACGCGAAGGCCAGAAGUGAGAGUGAAGAAGGUCCAGCGGGAAAGGACAAGGAUAUACAAAAUUUGUCUCAUCCAGCGGGAACGGUUCCAUUUGAGCUCUGGGAUACACCGACGAUCAGCUUGACGCGUCCCGCCCCAGCUGUGCCUAAGUCAUCUUACAAGAUAGACGACAAGGGAAUCAAGGAAAGCUUGGCGAAGUUUCAAGAGCGGUUCCCGCUAUCCAAGUUCGAGCUGCCGGGUUCUUCAACUGUGAGAACCAGACAAGGCAUGGCCGAGAAGGUAGAAGUGAAGGGGAGAGCUCGUAGGGAGAGGAGUGUGGACGAGUUUGGUGCCCCCUCGAACCGCGACCAACAGCCUCCAACGCCGUCCAAAUCGCACAAGGAAGAAAAGGAUUGGCUCGGCAGCGCUAUAUACGGGAUGCAUCAAAACUUGCGGGAACCGAUCUACCGUUCAGGAUCUCGCUGGGAAGAGCCAUUCCCCACGGCUCGAUACAAGAAUCCUUACGGUCUUUGCGAUGCUCUUCGGUUUGCACGGGACCACUUGAAGAAUAGGAAAUCGACGAUUGACACGUGGACGCGGGAAGGUAUUGCUCGCGUUGAAGAAAUCCUUGGGGAAGGAUGGAACCCGGCAGAAUGGGUCAAGAUCACAGCGUUGGCUGGGGCAGAUGGACGUCCGACAGCAGCACGUCUUUGCGACUUCUACGAGAUAUGCUGGGACUCUGGAGUCUACGACGGCGCAUUUAGCGGUGGCGGACAGUACCGCCCGGGUGGCGACUUUGGGCUUGACGUUGAGGAGAACCAGGCGCUCGGCAUGGCGAUACAAGUCAUCGAAGCCGAGGACGACUACUGGCGUGGAGUAUCGGAGCGGGAACUGUUGAAGAGAGCGGAUGGACUUGCGGGAAUGAAGUUAUCCGUUCUCGACCGUGCUUGCGAGCUGCUCAGCGAGAUCGAGCGUAUUGAGGACCAAGCCGCUGAAGCCGUAGACGAAUUGUUGGGCAACUCUCCCAUCGAAACCCGCGGUCAACUUGGCAUCGACGGCUUACCGAUCGCUUGCGACACGCCGGAGAAGAAGAAACUUUGGCUGCAUUCGAGGUCUCUGCUUCAAAGAGCCCGCGAUUCAAGGGUCGCAGCGGGAUUGGAGAUUCGGCAGUUUGGUUGGGAGCAAGGGUACUUCAUGGGACGGGAAUGGAUGCGAGGCGCAAGUCCCGCAUUCAUUAUGACCAUUGCUGGAAUCAUCUCGACGAUCUUCGCCAGCCGGGCGGGAUACAAGGCAGAGUCGUCUCUUCCAGGGGAACUGCAUUAUCUCCGUCGACUCAUAGGAGCGGGGCGAUUUUAUGAGAGCGAAUGGAUCCCCGUGCUGGAUAUGUUUCGUCGUACCGAUGGAGUAAGGCUCGCAACUACCUUGUCAAAACUGCAAGACGCAAAACGCCUACCGGAGGCAAGACAUAGGUGGGCGGACAUCGCUUCCCGCGCUCGAGAAUUGUGGACGGGAAAAGGAGGAGCGGUAUCAAUGCCAGUAGCCUUCGACUCCAGCAUCGCCACCGCCAAUCCCGAGGUAGCGCUGCGCGGUCUUCGCAACUUAGCUUCGAGACCGCUCAUCAGCGCUGGAAGGGAAGCUCUACGGGCCCAUAUCGGGGAGAAGCUCGAUAUCGUUGUCCAUACCGAAACUUGGGCGGCAUACCUCAGCGAGCUUUGGCAACUUCGGCUCGGUACAAUGGAUGGCCGGACUUUUGGAACACGCUGUCGUCUACGCGAGAAGGUCCUAGCACGGGUGAUUGGGAAGAUGUUCAUUGCGCGGGAGGUGGGGACUUACGUCUGCCAGUUUCACUAUCCUAGGCUGGAUAGUCAAAUCGGAGAGCAAGUUGUUGAGUGCGAAUCUCAAAUCUUGGAAGAGAAAUUCCGGUGGUCGAAACCGGCCUUGACUGAAGAGAUCGACCUCGACAACGAUGCACUGCGCAAGGAAGCCCUGGAAGCGGAGCAGCGGGUGGAUAGGGAGCUACAGGGAGGCAACAAAGAUGUUCGCAACGCUGACCGACAAAGUGCGGAUGUCGAGAGUCAGAGCGACAGCGAUGUUACUAUGGGGGGUAUCGAUACCGGCGGGAAUGGAGGAACAAACCGCGGGAACGAAACUCCAUCCAGCAAGGAUGUCGCCGACAUAGACAUGGGAGAUGUGGACACCGACGUCGCAGAGGCAUUUGGCCCGACCGGCGACGACGACAUGCCAGCUGUGAAUGGAGAAUGGGUUCCAGAAGCGAGCGAUUUCGUCUACGAAUUAGAUGAUCCCAAAACCCUUUAUGCGGGUCUCCAGAGGAAGGAGAAGCGGGAUAUGCCCGUGUGGAACUCCAUGGCAGACCCGGACUGGCUUCCUGAAGCUUUUGUGGGACCGGGCAGCCUUCCGAAAGGAUCGAACGACCAGCGCGAUGUUCAGCAAGCUGCUCACGAGCGAACAAAACAGGUCGGGCACUACGUCGAGAUGCAGAAGACCAAGCACGUCGAGAUUGCUGAACGGACGGGAAGAUUCUCCGUGACUUUCACAACGGGCGCUUUCUCGGAGGGAACAUCGUCUAUCCUGAUUUUCGAAUCGCCGGGAAUAAACGCCGGACGGAAAUAUCUGCAGCGGAUGGGAGACAUCUUCGCGAGAGCUGUUUAUCCUGCAGCGCGGGAUAUGGAUCGUCGAAUUCGAGAAGUGGAAGAGCCCGGUUCGACAGCUGGGAUGACAUCGCCCUGGGAAGACGUAGCGGGAACCGAGUCGGAAGGUCAGAAGGACUCCGAAGACGACGAAGACUCUGACGAUGAUGACGAGAUCGCAAAGGAUACGGUCGACAACCGAAAGAGUAAGACAGCGAGUGAAAGCGGGAAGGAAGAAAGAAAGGUCGGGGCUCACGGGAAGGGAGAAAGGCCGAAGCCCAAAAAGAACAAGAAGUAG